AUGGAUCUUUGGAAUAAAAUUACCUAAGAUCUUGAUGAGACUUAUGCUAAGUAUGAACAGUCUAAGUAACAGAAGCCAUUGAUUAAAAUUGAACAGCCAAAGCCAGUCUAGCCUACAGUGAGCUCAACUGUUUUUAAGUCAAAAAUUAUACAGUAACCUUAAUAAUUAGAUAAUUCAAAGCAAUUUCAAGAUAGCUCUCUAUCUCUGCUUCAAGAGCAGCUUUAAAAAAUUAAAUAGUAAACAUUUACGACUAAACCAGUAAAUUUAACCUAGAAAACUGUUGGAAAGCAACCCAUUAAAAAAUAAACUUAAGCUAAAAAGUUGAAGAUAGAAUCAGACUAGUUGUAGGCAGAUGACAAUAUAAUAAAGUACGAGUCAUCUGAUCUUAGCAAUGAAACGGCAAGUAUAAAUAACAGCUUCAACCAAAUUAACUACUUAAAACCUAAACCAUUGAAGCAAUGUAGUGCUACUCCUAUAAAACCAAUCAAAUAGACUUAGUUAAAGCCUAAGACUGAGUAACUAUUUUAAGCAGGCUAGGAUCUUCAACGUGAAACUAUUCAAUUACCGGACAACCCUAAAUCAAGCGCAGUAAUUGAUUUCGCAGCAAAGAUCAUUAGAGACUCUUAAAAUUUAGUGGCUGUCCUGGAUAGGAUAGUUCCUAAGGUCAAAACAUUUGUCAGCGAUACUGAAAAAGCAGCUCUUAACAUAGUCAGAGGACUUGAGGGUAAGAUCUAAAAAUAGAUGAAAUUGGAAGAAUCUGGCUAAUAUUUUGAUGAGGCUAAAAUAAUGUAGGAUUUGCAAAAUUAUUAAACUCAACAAAUGAAAAAUUUGCAACUGCUAAUGAGCUAGAUACAGCAAUACAAUUUAAAUUUAGAGUAGUUGAGUUUGAUAAAAGCCUAAAAAGUACAGCUAAACAUCGAUUUAUGUCUAGACAUUACGCAGAUCCCAACUUAGCUUUAAAACUAUGAGAAGAUAUAUGCUAAGGUUGAUGGUGAUGUAUUCGCUUUGAAAUAGAAAGGCUAGGAUUAAGUGGACUUCUUCAAAUUCGACUAUAAGAAUAAUCAGGAAUCUUGCCAAGCAGAGCAUGUACUUAGCGUUUUGUGCUAAAAAUUUAUUUGCCAGCAUAUGGAUAGAGUUAUCAGUGACAAUCAUGUCUACUCUUUGGCUACAAACUAGCACAUACAGUAGAUAAGCAUCGAUAAAUAUCAAAAUACAGAUUGCUUGGCUUUCAAUGAAUAGUAUAUCAUACUGGGGCAUGAGUCUUACACAAAGAUGUCGCUUUGGCUUUGGGAUGGAUUGUAGUACACUCUGCAGAAAUUUUGCAAUGCCAAUGGCAAAUGCAAGACCUCUUACGUUACCUUGAUGAAGAGGAAUCCGUUCUCUACAACCAAUCAAAUUAUGCUGCUUCAGCAGUCUAGCAUGUUUAUCCAGUUGACUGUAGACUUUGUGAACUUCACAGCUUCUUAGUUUGAAAAGCACAAUCCCAGAACCACAGAUGUGAAAGACUAUAAAAUCCUGAGUGAAAGCUAGAUGAUUAUACUGGGAAGAAAUUGUGUGACUGUCUAUGACUAUGUAUAGAUGCAGAGUCUGAAUUCGUGCAACUAAAGAUUCGAUCUUGACUUCUUGAUAUUUACGCCUAAGUUCAAUGUUAAUCUAAUGCCUGUGAUUAUUAACAAUCAAGGUGGAGUUAACACCACUGUUGAUGUCAUGUAAAUAGGAUUCAAGGGUAAAAUUGGUGGAUUAUAAAAUGUAAAGCUAAUUGGGGCAAUAGAGAAUGAAGUUAAUGCAGAUGAAGUUAUAGUGCUUGGAGUAGAUCUAGAGACUAAUAUCAUUUGUCUAUAUAAAAUUGAAAAUAAUUGA